UUACUUUUUCGGCUGAGGAUGACGUUUCAACCCAUAUGUUUUGCUCGGUGGUUUCAGAAAUUACUAAGCAUAUUAUUGGAUUCCCACUGAAAACUAUGUAGGCUAGUGGCAUUACUGUAUGAGAGUCGGGUCACCCCUUAUUGUAAGGCAAAAAAGUAAUAGUUUGUCGUCCUCAACAAUGGAGUCCCCGUACCAGUUCCCCAGUGCCAACUUGAGUACGGGCGAGGAAGAGGGAACGCACCCACUCUGCACGGACUGGAAAGAAACUCCGGAGGGGUCCGUGUUUUACCUGGCCCAUAUUUUCUUAGUUUUCGGUUUCAUGGGAGGCAGUGGGUUCUAUGGGCUACUUUACCUGUUUUUCUUCUUGGCGCUCGGGUUCUUCUGCUCCUCAAUAUGGGCUUGGUCGGAUGCCUGUACCACAGACACAUUCUCUUGGAAUUUUGUCCUUUUUGUGAUCUGCUUGGUGCAGAUUGUUCAUGUCGCCUAUCGGCUUCGGAGUGUCACGUUUGAAAAGGAACUCCAAGAUCUCUACGGCUACAUGUUCAAAAGACUGGGAGUGUCGCUCACGCAGUACGGCAAGAUAGUGGCUUGCACCGAUGGGGAAAUCCACACCAUCGAAAAGGAUCACUACUUUGCAAUGGAAGGAAAAACUGCAAUUGAUAAACUUUCUGUGCUUCUGUCAGGAAGAAUUCGGGUGACGGUAAACGGGGACUUUUUGCACAACAUUUAUCCGUUCCAGUUUAUAGACUCUCCUGAGUGGGAUUCUCUGCGACCGUCUGAAGAUGGUGUCUUUCAGGUGACACUACGUGCCGACAACCCCUGUAGAUACGUUGCUUGGAGACGCAAGAAGCUGUAUCUGCUCUUCGCCAAACAUCGAUACAUUGCAAAGGUUUUCGCCCUCAUUGUCAGGAAUGAUAUCGCGGAAAAGCUGUUCUCACUGAACGACAAGGCUUUCGACAACCGCGGAUUCCGUUAUGAUCUUCGGUUGCCCAGUUUUUGUCAUGUGCCGGGGCCUGAUUUGGAUCAGGCUGGGUUAUUUCUGAGUGUCCCGGAACACCAAGGAGAGCACAGCCAAACCACUCCGGUACAGACUACGACAUGAUCAGUCCACUGGACUGUGGUCUUUACCAUUACCGUUUUGUCAUGGUACCACCAUUUUCUUGCUCAUAUCAUAUUGACGUCAACCAAGCAAAACAUGUUUCACAAAUCUAUCCAUUCUUGUGUCCUCUUAUGUAGUCCAUAGGCUACGUUUGCAUGCGCAAGAAAAAAAUUAAAAUUGAGAAAUGUGCUAUUAGUGGUUUCAAAUUCCACAUGAUGUGAAAAGUAUCAGUACGCUUCACAAAAAUUCUUAAGACUUAGCUCGGGUAAUUUGACUAUUCCAAAUUGGCCUUUCCUAGCUUGGCUGCACAUUCAUGGGGUCUUGAGGAAAUUGGUAUGAGACCAAGGCCAUUGUAAUUUGCGCAUAUUGUUUGUGGUACUUUUGAUAAGUUGCACAAGGGCUUAAGAAUCUAAAUAUAUCGACCUGUUUCGUCGCUGUUAGCGACCUAAAAUAAAACAAAAUAGAAGUGUGGCCUGCGUUAGUUUAAAUUUAGAACGGAGCAAUCUGUCACAAGCGCAGGGUCUUUAUUUAGCAACUGGUGGCGUGUUCAUGUCACUACUGAACCUGGAAUGCUGUGAUCUUUGGGGAUCCCGCACUUCCGGUGUCAAAAUAAGCUUGUCAAGUCCACGGAAAGCGAAGACGAAGUGUAGGACAGUCGCGCAGACAUCGGUAGAUAGUGCUUUCAAAAUAUUCUGAUUUACUAAACGUGUUAUUGAAUAUAUGAGUACUUUGUAAUAACUACAGGCCUUAUCCUUAUACAAUACUUAUCCGCCUGAUGUUGACCUUCGUGUUACUGUUAUCUGUAAUUUAAUCACUUUGAUGUGUUUGUUUACUGUAUAACGUGUAUGGGUUAUAUUUAGAACCAAGCUUGUUGUUUUACAUAUUUGUUUUAAGAAACAUAUUUUGAAGAUCCCAUUACCCUUUUCCGGAAAAGGUGUUGACCAUUUAUGAUAAUGUUUUAUUUUGUUAUUUUUGUGAUUGUUGCCUGGAUUUGAAUUGUCCAAUUAUGUUUACUUUAUUUGGCCGACACUGCCCAGUCGGCCGAAGCCUAACGUUUUGUUCUUUUUUUACGUCCCCUAGGAGAUUUUCACCAUCCAAUAAAUGUUUAUUAUUUUUGAACUGUUGAACUUUACGUUAGGAUAGGUACUUUUGUGGUUCGCUGUGUCUUUCUUAGUUUUACAUAUUGCAUUAUUUCGUCGCCAUUAAGUUUAGCAAAACAAAUAGAAAGUGAGGCUAAUGGGUUCACUGAAAAAAACAAAACUUACAGCGGUACCAUCAUUAUGCGGUGCUGUCCGCGGUUCUGAUUUCGGGAGGCGUGCACGUGCACGUGUUCUGGAUUGUGCAUUUCACUGGAUGCCGGAGACGAAAAUGACCAAAAUGUUGUUUGUUAAAUUGUAUUUCUAUCCGCGGACAGAGAUGCUGUGUGUUUCGAGAUGUGGCUCCAUGGCUUGUAAAAAAAAAAUGUUGAGGAAACUUUUUACUAUUUAUUUACUUUUCAAUGAAGCCCAGCACAUGCUUUGUUAAUAAGCUUGGGGUGAACACAGGAAUUUGUCAAAACACGAUUUUUAAAUGUGCUGUUCAUGUAAAUGGACCUUGUUGGAAUGGAAUGGAAAUUGUUAUUACAAACAUUGAUUCAGUACCCGAUAUUUAAUUUUGACUUCAUAAGAGCUGACUGUCAGGGACAUAAUUGGCCUAUUAGGCUAGAAGUUAGAUAAAACCGACCGGGCGUAAGUGCAUAGUCUCUGUGCUACGUUAAUACAAAUAGUGCCUGAAUGCAUGGAGUGACUGAUUUAUUUGAACUCAGAAUUGAUUCUUUUUUUUAACGCCAUUUGAUGAUUUAUUUCAGCUUAAUUAUGUUUACCAUGCAUUGAUGUGAAUAAAUUUGUC